AAACAGCCUGACAGCUAACGGCUCAUAUAUCAAGCCUCCAUCACUCAAUCAGGGGGUUUCUCACGCAUGAGCGUGGGUGGAGGGCUAUCUCAGCGGGGAGAAAAAGAGCAGUUCACACACAAAGCCACGCCUGCGCGUUGCGCCUCUCAUUAAGCGUGGCUGCUGCAUCUGUUUAGGAAGCCGCACGCUUUCUUUCGACACCAAAGGUCGCAUGGAGUCAGGGACGCGCCUAGUCACGGGAACAUAGGAGAGCGCGUUCACGACUAGCUACUGGACCGCGCUUCAACAGUGAAGAGGACCGAGCGGCGUGCGGGAUUCAAGCUCCUGAUUUACGCCGGGUCACCCCUGGCACCGAUGGUCCGCGUCCAGGACCCGGUUCGCUUGUGUGGCGUCACUGCAGACGAACGGUAGACUUCAGCCCGCAGAGGAACCGACGGCGCUACCGCAUGAGCGGGAAGCGGGAGUGCACAGCAUGGUCCGGGAAACCAGACAUUUAUGGGUGGGAAAUUUACCCGAAAAUGUGCGAGAGGACAAAAUCAUUGAGCACUUCAAGCGGUAUGGACGGGUGGAGAGUGUCAAGGUGCUGCCCAAGCGUGGUUCUGAGGGUGGAGUUGCAGCCUUUGUGGAUUUUGUGGACAUCAAAAGUGCUCAGAAGGCUCAUAAUGCGAUCAACAAGAUGGGGGACAGAGACCUGCGCACUGAUUACAAUGAACCGGGGACAAUUCCUAGUGCAGCAAGGGGGCUGGACGAUAGUCUGUCUUUAGGCUCACGUGGCCGGGAUGUAACAGGGUUCACAAGGGCGGCAGGGGGGGCUGUGUAUGGGGCCCCCACGUCGCUUCACAGCAGAGAUGGACGCUAUGAACGCAGACUUGACGGGGCAUCUGAGAGCCGGGAGCGGCCAUACGAGCACGGCACCUAUGGGCAUCACGAGCGACCAGGGAGUAGCUUUGACCGCCAGCGGCACUACGACAGCGACUAUUACACCAGAGAGCGGACUCUGAGCACCGCAGGGAGUGCCUCCUCCUGUGGAGGCACAGCGGCCGCAGCAGGAGCUGCCGGGACUGGAGCUGCUUCUGCAGGGGGGUGCGCAGGCAGUGGUGGAUCAGGGGGCGCCGCAGCAGGAGGAGGCUUAGCAUGCAGUGCAAGUAGCUUCUACCGCUCCCACAGCCGAAGCCCCUGCCGCUUUGAGACACCGGAACCUCGGUAUGAGCCUCGCACCAGAGAGCCCUUCGCCUCGCCCGGUGCAGUUCACAGGGACCUGUAUCGGGAGGAGAGGGGGCGCCGCGGGGACAGGUCUUAUCGUCACAGUCACAGCCGGUCUCCGCACUCCACGCACUCCCGGAACCCAUCUCCUCAGAGGCUGAUGAUCCAGGCGCCUCACCCAGCACGCUCCCCCAGUGGAUCUGGCUCCCACAGCCGCUCCUCCAGCUCGGACUCCGUCAGCAGCUCCACCAGCAGCAGCAGCGGCGGCAGUGAUUCCAGCUCCAGUUCAAGUGAUGAGUCUCCAGCACGGUUGGUGCAGUCUGCAGCUGUCCCAGCACCCUCUGCUCUUCCUUUAACCUCACUUGACAAGGAUGAACCACGUAAAAGCUUUGGCAUCAAGGUCCAGAAUCUUCCUGUGCGCUCCACAGAUACAAGCCUAAAGGACGGUUUGUUUCAUGAAUUCAAAAAGCAUGGAAAAGUCACAUCUGUUCAAAUCCAUGGAGCUUCAGAGGAGCGAUAUGGACUUGUCUUUUUCCGUCAACAAGAAGACCAGGAGAAAGCUUUGGGAGCGUCAAAGGGGAAGCUUUUCUUUGGCAUGCAAAUUGAUGUGACAGCCUGGAACGGUCCAGAAACGGAAAGUGAGAAUGAGUUCAGACCGUUGGAUGAGAGGAUUGAUGAGUUCCAUCCAAAGGCCACACGGACGUUAUUUAUUGGAAAUUUGGAGAAGACCACCACAUACCAUGACCUGCUAAACAUCUUUCAGAGAUUUGGAGAAAUUGUGGAUAUUGACAUAAAGAAAGUAAAUGGAGCCCCACAAUAUGCCUUCCUACAAUACUGUGACAUUGCCAGUGUCUGUAAGGCCAUAAAGAAAAUGGAUGGCGAGUAUCUGGGCAACAACAGGCUGAAGCUUGGCUUUGGAAAAAGUAUGCCAACAACAUGUGUUUGGUUGGAUGGACUGGCGUCAAACACAACCGAACAGUUUCUCACCCGCCAUUUUUGCCGCUAUGGACAUGUUGUGAAGGUCGUACUGGACAGGAUGAAAGGAAUGGCCCUUAUUCUCUACAACAACAUUGAGUAUGCACAAGCUGCAGUCAAAGACACAAAGGGAUGGAAGCUCAGCGGCAGUAAAAUUAAGGUGGACUUUGCCAAUCAGGAGAGUCAGAUGGCUUUCUAUCGUUCAAUGCAGGCAUCUGGGCAGGAUAUACGAGACUUUUAUGAUGUCAUCUCUGAGAGAAGGGAUGAUCGGCGAUCCCAAUAUGAGUUUCAAACUGAAAGACAAUAUUAUGAGAACGCACGAACUCCCGGAUCAUACAGUGAUGAUCUGCGACGAAAAUAUCCUACAAGAAGUCGAGAGUUCUACACUGAUUGGGAUCCUUAUCAAGGAGAUUACUAUGACUCACAAUACUUUGAAGACCCUCGUGAGUUUCGAGAAUACAGAGCUGACCCAUACGAACAGGACAUACGCAAAUAUAGCUAUUUGCAGAGAGAACGUGAAAGAGAAAGAGAGCGCUUUGAAACUGAUCGUAGCCGGGAUCAUGGAAGAAGGACCAUUGAGCGUAGUCAAAGCCCAUCCCACAUUUCCACUCGCCGCCCUGGCAGCCCCACAGAAUCCACUUCGAUCUCUGAGAGGGUACCAAGUGAUUCUGACAGACGCAUUUGUUGCAGAUCCUCAGAAAGAAGUGGCAGCAGCAGUUCAAUAUCUCCUCCCAGAUUUGAGAAAGCAGAAAAGGCUCGCUCCGAAAAACACAUUAAAACAGAAAAACUGGAAAGGGAUCAGAUGCUUGAAAUUGAACAAGGAAAUUUGACAGAAAAGGAGAAAAGAACGGGACGAAAAGAUAGAGGGGACAAGGAAAAGGCUGAAAAACAGAGGCUUAAAAAGCUCAAGGUCAUAAUGCCUGUCGUUCAAAAAAGUGAGACAGAAUCUGAACUUGAAAGAGAAGUUAGCCCAGAGUGUGUUCUAAAAAGCAAGAUCAACAAAAUCCCCAAGGAAAGUUCAAGCAAAGGAAGGUUAGAUCUUCUGCCUUGUGUUGUGCAGCUAACACGUGUCAAAGAAAAAGAAGGGAACCUGAUCGGUCAUUCUGUCCAAGAGAAACAAAUUCAGUGCAGUGGCAUGGACAGUCUGAGGUUGGCUUCACCUUCAGCUGACAGAAGUCCUCCAUUUAGAUUAGAGCCAUCAAAACUAGAUACUUCCAAACACGGUAGAAUUACCAGAGGCAAAAACAUGCCCAGCUCAGCAGAUGUUAUGGAGAAAGAGGGUAAAAUUAAAUCCAAAAGAUACUGUAAAUCUGAAAUAGGAUUUGAAGGUAAAAUGUCUGCGGAUAUCAACCGUUUAGCUGCAAGGAAAAGGCGUUUUGAAGAGACAGGAAGAACUAAUCGACAGAAAAGUACUGGUGAAGAGGAAUAUAGCAGACUUAGGAUUUGUAAACUGUGGAACAGUGCACAAAAGAAACACAGCACAGAGAAAUGUGCUCAAAUGCUUUUAGUUACCAGUCCAAAAGAAGGACUAGACUCCAUCAGCCUUUCUCUGGAGCAGUCUCAGCUCAGGGAACCUCCUGAAGAUUCCACAGAGCAGACAGACUAUCCCCUCCUUCAGAUGGACGGAGAGUGCUCAAAAAGGCAUUCCUGCCCUGGCCACACAAAGAUAAUGGAUCACAGCUGUGUCUGUUUGCAUGAGUCAAUAGAGCAAAAACUGUUUGUGGCUGAAAAUGGACAAGGGAAAACAAAGUGCAGAGACAUAGAUGGAGACGGUCUUUUCCUGAACAUUGAGCAGACAGAUUUCAUAGUGAAACAAAAUGACUGGCACAGACUCAAGCUCAACAAUCCUGACAAAUCGAUCAAGUUUGUAAAAUCACCAAAAAAUGAUUUGUGUGAUUUUGAAAAGAAUUAUACCACAUGUGAAAUUGGAAAAUCGAUCCAAGAUGCUGCCAAGGAUGACCAGUCAUGCAUUAAAAGAAAGAAAUAUGAACUCUCUGACUUUGACAUGUUGAAAGUACAACUGGAGCCCAACCUCUCACCUUCAAAUCUGAAUGACAUGUGCAAUAUGCCAUCCUCUAUCGUAACUAAUCGCUUUUCAGAAAAUGAGGAAGAGGAUGCUGCCAAGAUUUCUCUUUCAGUUACAAAGAAGGAAAGAAAAUCCUCUCCAUUAGCAGGUGAUACAUUCUCACAGCCAGAACUGCUGAAAAAGAGUUUGAACCGAGCAGACAGACAUUUUCAGUCUUCUGAUAGUGUGAUCCCAAAGCUGAAAACAACUUUGCUGAGGAGUGAUGACCAGUUAAUGCGUCAUUGGGAAAGACAUAUGAAGUCUGAUUCCCUAAGAAUGGAAAUGGCAUUACCAAGUGAUGACUCUAAACGUGAGAGCAUUCAUAAAUGCCUUAGCCAGGAUCUGGAACCUGGAGAAGUACAGUCUGAUUCAGAUGAUGAUGAUGGAAAAAACAAAUUCACAUUUUCAAAGUCCAGUAGCUCUUUAUCAUUUAUCCUUAGAGAUGGUAACAAAAGAAGGACAGACUUUAAGCUUCCAAGCUCCCUCGAGAAAAAUAAAUUUUACUCCUUUGCACUAGAUAAAACAAUCACUCCUGAUACAAAAGCUCUCCUUGAAAGAGCCAAGACUUUGUAUUCCUCAAGAGAAGAUAAUUGGUCCUUUCUUCCCUCACGGUUUCCAGUCUCCCACAGCUGUUCGGACAAAGACAAGGCAGAGCUAGCACCUCGGCCAAUUCCUUCAUGGUACAUGAAAAAGAAAAAGAUUAGAACCAAUUCUUGUGAAAAGCUAAAUGAUAAAAAGGAUGAGCUUAAGUCACAAGACCAAGAGCGCCAGGAUUUGUUUGCCUCUCGUUUUUUGCACAGCUCAAUCUUUGAACAGGAUUCCCGGCGUCUACAGCGUCUAGAGCGCAAAGAUCUAGUCAUGGAAACUGACCGUGUGAAGCCUUGCUCUAAGACUGGUGAAGCUGAGGUUCACACUGAAUUUGCAGAAGCUAAUGUCUCUCAAGAACCAAUAGUACUUUUCCAUAGUCGGUUUUUGGAACUUCAGCAACAUAAAGGCAAAGACAACUCUCAUCCUGAUGCUGAGAGUGACUCAGGAGUGGACGAAAUCAGGAGAGAAGCUGUUCAAAAAGGUGAUUUUGCCUUGUCUGAUAAGGAAUCUGAGCUAGUGCUUAAGGCAAAUGAAAAACUGGCUAGCCCCACAUUGCCUUUGGCAGUUUCGCAACAUGCUCAUUCUCCAGAAGACACUUCUGUCCCAGAAUUGAAAGAUGUUUUAUCUUCACCCCAAAAUCAUAAAGAAUUUUGUGGAAAAGAAGAAAAAAUGCAGACAGUUCCAGAGAUUUCUUCAUCACAUUCUCUUCAAAUGGAUGGCAAAAUGUUAGAAAAUGUUAAGCUAAACAUUACACCUGAAUUAAAAAAUUCAGAGCUAGAAAAUAAUUUUGAAAUUAAAGCUGAGUUAGUUGAGCCUAAAAUCAAAUUAUGUUAUAAUUUGGUGGCAAAGCCCAACCCUGUUGUAGAGGACAAGCUUUCCACUCCUAGUGACUCCCUAAGUGCCUUUGAAAGGGAGAAUGCAGAAUUAGCUUUCUCUAAUUGCAAAAAAGUGAACGAAAAAGCAAAAGUUGUUGAGGAAGAAUUGGAAACUGGAAAACAGGAAGCAAAGCACUUUGAGGAGGCUCAGAAGUUUGAUGUCGACUCUGAUCCUCACAAACCAGAACAAGAGGUGGAGAUAAAACCAUUAUUAAAUCGCAGACAACCUAAAGGCAAAAGGGCAAAACCCCCAUCUAUGUUCCCACAACCAACCCAUGGUGAAAAACCUGUAACACGAAAAAGCGAACGGAUAGACAAGGAAAAACUCAAAAGGACUUCAUAUCCUCAAGCAGAGGCACGCAAAAAUAAAUCGGAGUCUAAAUCCACAUCUAAGUCCCCAAAACAUGCAUCUGAUUCGGAGCAAAACCUUGAAUCAAGCUUGAUUCAUGGAAGAACCCGACGAAGGAAUGUAAGGUCAGUUUACGCAACUCUGCAAGAAGAUGAACAAGCUGGCAAAGAGGUUUUAGAGUCACCCCGCUCCAUGCGCAAGCGAGGGGUCGAAAAGGAACUUGUACAGCAAGAUGCUCCAGUUUCCACUGCUGCCAGGCGGGGACGGCCGCCAAAGAGAGGGGUCAAGCGAGUUGAAGACCUAUCUCCUUCAAAAGGGGAUCAGAAGAAAAUAGUAAAAACAGAUCCAGAAGGAAAGGAGAUAUCGAAUACUGCAGAAAUUGUGAAGGUUUCUGAGGGAUGGCGUUCACCUCGCACUCAAAAAUUGCAACAAGCAACACUUCCUCCAACUACUCCAGUCGACAAAAAAAGUGGGAAACCAGACAAAUAUUCUGGGAAUAAAUUACUGUUGGAGGAACAAAUGGAUGUGACGUGUAAGGAUGAUGUGGAGCUUCAACUUCAAACUGAUUCUGAUCUGUUUUUGAAGAUUUCAGAUAAAUUGGAAAAUGUAACCCUGCCAGCACACAGAAAUGACAAAAACCUAAACGACAAUGGUGAACUUAAAUCUGCUGAAGCCAGUUUGAAAGACAUGGGCACAUCAGAUACUAGACAGCAAACAGAAAAGAGGGCCAAAAUUAAAACACCAAGACUGAAGCAAAAUACCAAACAUGUUUCUGAAGACAAAUCACACAGUUUGAAGAAUCUAGAAAUCCGUGUCAGUGUUGAUGAUGUCAAGAGCUUACUUGGUUCUGACAAUUCUGAGCCCAAGACAUUUGAAGUUACUGGAGUUAGUCAGACUAAAACUGUGGUUCAAGAAAACGAGAUUGUGCAGAUGACAGAAAGUCCAAAUGAGUUCAAAGAGCGUACUUUACCAGAAAAUAAAGACAGCCUUGUAGAAUCUGAACCUCCUGCAGAUCCAGCAGCUGUUCUUCUGGCACAACAAAUGGAAUUAGAGCAGGCAGUUGAAAAUAUUGCAAAACUUACAGCUGACCAACCUCCUCGACCUUAUAAGGAACCACCUGCUGAGCCACCGGCUGUAUUGCCUCCUGCCACUGAAGAACCACAAGCUGAAGUUGAGGAGCAGAAGCGAGCUAACCCUGCAAGUGAAACUGAACUUGCUGCUGCCAUUGACUCAAUUACAGCUGAAGAAAUCUGUGGAGAUACAGAGGGGUUCAGUUCUCCUCCUCCUUACACCACUCUUAUUCCAACCCCUGACUCACUGAUAUCCUCCUCAUCAUCAUCCAAUGAGAUUAUGGAACCUGAAACACAUAUGGUAAUCAACAACAUCCUUGCAGGUGGCCUAGAUGAUGGUCCUCUGACACCAAGCCCAAAAGGCCAAGAACCUAAGGCAGCUGAUCGCACAAUUAAACUUGAAAGUCUUAAAAAAACUGGCAAAAUUAGAGCCAAAACCCCAAAGAAGUCAAGAAACCGUAAAGGUACAGCUAACAAAAAGGAGAAAACACCAGAAAAGGGAAACCUGUCUGCAUCAUCUCCAGUCAAAUUGCCAGAAUCGAUUCCAGAAGAUCCAGAGACCGUUGAUUCAAAAGCAGCCAUUGUUAUAGCUGGAGCCCCUACAGCAACUUCUGUGGUCACUGCUGUUGCUAAUUGCAGACAUGAUGCCACCAGUACUAUCUCUGUGGAAACGCCUAAAGAAGCUGAGCAGCCUGAGGUUGAACAGCCUGUGCCUAAAGAAUCUGCCUACCAUUCAGGUACAAACAUCAUCUCCACUUGUAAAAAGUCUCUUCAAGCAGCAGAAAUAUGCAUUCCCACUCUCAGCCCUGCUCUCUCUCAGCCAGUUUCACAGCUUAAUGCACCAGUAGUACGAGCUGCCAAAAUGCCCCUAUCACUGGACUGGCCACAGAGAUCUGAAGAAAGCAGAAUUUGUGUGGCUCCUUCGUGUCACGUUACAGUGGUAACUCCCUCCUCUCCUGCAUCAACUGCAUUGGGAAACCCUCCAGCAAACCCGCCUUUGCCCCCUGACACAAAGGCCUCUGAUAUAGACCCUAGUUCUAGCACCCUAAGAAAAAUUCUUAUGGAACCUAAAUAUGUGUCUUCCUCCAACAACACAUCUGUACCUACCACUACUGUCACAUCUGUGGGAUCAGACCAUUUAAGGAUGUCGGAGAAGGUAAAUCUCCCUGAUUCAGUGGGUUCAAGACUGUUGCAUCUUGAGGAAAGGCAAGCAUUGCAAUCCCAGCCUGCACACCAUAAACCCUCUCCACUUAAAGAGUCCCAACUGAAUUGUGGAGAAAAGAAGCAGCAACCAAUAUUUUCUCCUACCACCUCAGUAAUUAGUCGAAUUCCAAUACCUUAUGACACAGAAGAAACUCCUAGAAUUUCCUUAAGCCACCGGACUAUAAGCUUUACAAGUCCGAAACACAGAUUUCAGUCAAACUCCAAUGAAAACAUUCGCUGCCCUGGCAUGGAUGCAGUAGAGGACUGUAACAGUCGUUGCACAAUUGUUGAACCCUCUCCCUAUCAUACAGGCUCUAGUCCAGGCUUACGGGUCAACACGUCGGAGGGUGUUGUUGUUCUGAGUUAUUCUGGUCAAAAAAUGGAAGGGCCUCAAAGGAUGAGAGCCAAAAUAAGUCAAAUUCCUCAAGCCAGUGCUGGUGAUACAGAGUUUCAGCAAUCAGUGUCAAAAUGUCAGAUAAAGCAAGACCCAGUUAUUACAUUGUCCCAGUUGCCCAAUCAAAAGGUCUCCUCUACAGGUUAUGGGCACACUGGGGUAGGUUUACCAGGAAGUUCCUUUAACACACAACCUGUCAUUUCCUGUAUAAAGCAGGAGAACCAUGCAUGUGACACAUCAGAAGCUCCAUUUCACACCUCUUCACAGGGGGUAGUGAAGAUUUUCCCACCAUCAGUAAGUUCUUCUCAAGUCUUAAUGUACAACCAAGCUGUAUUUCAGCAGCAACAUGGCAAAAGAGGACUAUUAACAGAUCCUCAUGCUAAAAAGUUGGAUAUGAGCAAACCGUCACUGCAGUCCAAUCUUAGCCCAGUCACAACCCCUCACCACUCAUCACUGUCUGGAACUCGGAUGAGUCCAAGCCCUGGGAUCACAAAUGAGCGAUCGGCUCUAGUUCUGAAGCAAGAACCACAGUCCCCAAGAACAUCUGGCCACUCCCCUUUACCUUUUGUCAAAGCUUGCCCACAGAGCAGCUCUCCUAUUGGGACUUCCGUUGUUCUUGGUCAUGGUAUUCCACCAAUAUCAGCGUAUCAUUCCAGUGUCCAUCACUCACAUGCAGAACAGUCAUCUGUCAUAAUUCAGCCUCACAACGUCAGCCAGUCAACCGCUCAUGAGGUCAAAAUGAACAAUCACACUCUGUCUGGCAUAAACUAUGGAAGGCGUGGAGACUCAAUGUCUCCACAUGCAGGGCCUGGACAUAGCUCAAGCACAUCACAUUCUAAUGUCGUACGCGAUAUGGUAUUGCAGACUCAUCCAAGUUCCCAAGGAUCAGUGUCGGGUAAUGCCAGAAACAGUGUAAAAGAAGAAGAAUCUCUCCACUUUAAUCAAGCCCUCAGUAGAUCUUCAGUUCCCCAGAUCCAAUCGGACAUCAUGAUGAUUCCUAGUGACCACAGAGGACUCCACCCCGUCCUUCAUAUGGAUCAAUAUAAAGACAUGCACCAGCAUAUGCUCAUGCACCAGAAGCUGGGAGAGCAGACAGCUGUAGAAACCAGGCAGUCGCGGAAUUUAGAGAUGGAGACAAAAUCUUCCAGCAAUGUCUCUGGGCCCUCAAACAGCUCCAUGUUAGGGGAAAAUAUGGAGCUUUCAACUAAAGGGCCUCUUAAACCACUGGAAGGAAAGGCUAUCCAUCAGAGUCCAAAUGACAAUAGGAUUUGUGGAGUCCAUGUAUCUAGUCCCAUUAUGUUGUCUUCUCACCCUCAUGGGGUGCAGGUAAUCCGUUCUGGCUCAGACUCUUUUCCACUUUAUCGAAACAUGCGAAGCUACCCCUCCCAGUUUCCAGGACACAGCGUUGCUAACCAAAGCAUUACAACUUCACAGGUCCCUCCAGAGCCAGGGAGCAGAACCAAAACUUCUCAGUUGCAUGUGGGAGGAAGUGAUACCAUGCUUGUGAACUCCCAUCUUCACAGUGCCAGCUCUUCAGACUUCUCCCAAAUCACCCAAAUAUCUGCGGAUAAGGUCUCUCCUUUAUACCAUUCUUCUCUGAUGACCACCAUGAGUCUUACUCAUAAGCCAGACCUAUCUAUGCAGAAGGGUCCUCCAUCUGUCCUCCUUGGUCCUCCGUCAACAGCAUCGCCGGCAGGUUUGAAACAGCGGCACAAUGCAAAUCUGGAACAUUCAGGACAUCGGUCUACUGAUAUGGUACAGCUAUUGACGAAAUAUCCUAUAGUAUGGCAAGGCCUGUUGGCAUUGAAGAAUGACCAGGCUGCGGUCCAGCUGCACUUUGUUUCUGGAAACACGUUGCUGGCACAGCGCUCUCUGCCACCCUUGGAGGGGGGUUCUCUUCUCCGCAUUGUCCAGAGGAUGAGGCUGGAAGUUUCCCAGUUAGACAGCGUGGCACGUAGAAUGACUGUGGAAAAUGACUUCUGUUUGCUGCUGGCUCUGCCUUGUGGUCGAGAUCAAGAAGAUGUCCUCAGUCAAACCCAAGCCUUGAAAAGUGGGUUCAUCACCUACCUUCAGGCCAAGCAGGCAGCUGGUAUCAUUAACGUACCUAACCCUGGCUCCAAUCAGCCAGCCUACGUGGUGCAGAUUUUCCCACCUUGUGAGUUUUCGGAGAGCCACCUUUCUCGUCUGGCCCCUGAUCUUCUCAACAGCAUUUCCAGCAUUUCUCCCCACCUAAUGAUCGUUAUUGCCUCUGUCUAAUUACCUCUGCCAUGAACAAGCCAACACCAGCCCUCAACCAGAAUUUGACCAGUUUGGAAACUGGAACUGCCUCAUGUUUUUCUGAGUUUGACUUUUACUAAAGUAAUUUAUUGUGCUUCUUCAUGUCACCAAGUCCUUAAAUUCCCCAGUGAUGAUGAAUUCCAAGAAUCUUUUAAAGAAGUACUGAAUCAAGGAUGAAAUGGGGAUUAUUGAUAACUGAUAACUUUUGAGUUUAUUUUUGCUAUUUUUUGAGCAGUUGGACAUCAUUUUUUAUGAUUCAUAGCAUUCUUCUCUGUUGGAAUAUUUCUUACCAUAAGAUUGUGAUCUUUUUAAGUUGAUGUGAAAAUUCAUUGCACUAUAUCAAAUGAAAACUCUGUACAGGUUUGACUAGAAUUUGAUGCUUGUAUGUUUGUACUUGUGAUUCAUUAUUCCAGCAUAAAGGACAUCAUUCUCAUUGCUUUUGCUCCUCCAUGAUCAGCAAAGCUCGGACUCUUUUUCCAGACUCUGAUCCCUUCCCCAGGGACUCGUGAUGGGAUCUUUCAAGCUGUACAGUUUACACUCAAUGCCUCAACAGGGGACUAUAGAAAGAUAUUUAAUUUGUUGAUUUUGUUUGUAUCUUUUUGAAGCCUAUUGCAGACAAUUGUGAAUAUUGUAUAUAGUUAAAGACUCAAACUACACGGAGAGACCAAGAGAGUUAUUUUAACAAGAGAGAUCGUAAAGUCCUGUUUUUUUGUUUCUGACCCUCCUGUCACCAUUGUUCCUUGGACGGGGCGAACAUUAGGAACUGUGGGAGAGAUGUUUGUAAAAAUGUAAAACGGAAAAAAAUAUUCUGUGCCUACAUGUCUUUUGCAAAGUCUCACAUGAACAUGAACUUACAUAUAAUCAGAAUCAAUGUUCUCUUCAGGCUAUGUAGUUUGCGAUCCAGAGGACAGUUCAUUUUUUAGUGCUUAUCAUCACAUCCUUUUACUUCAACUCUUUGUACAAAAUGAAAAUGUUUUGAUUUUAAAGGAACUUUUUGUACUGACAGCAAUUCUUUUUCGUCCUUUGAUUUGCCUCCUCUGCAGUCCUGCACUGACCCCUGCUGUCUGAAAAUCAUUCCACAUUUAAGUCACUGAGUGUCAGACAGCCUCACAUGCUUUAGGUUUCACCUGAAAUGGUAAGAUCAGAUCAUAAAGGCCCGGAAUGUGAUUAAAACGACGCUAGUGGAUGUGUUGAUGAUCUGCCCCCCCAUACCCCCCCCGUAUGUGUCCUUAAGAUAAAAUGUAACGCCCCCCGUCUAUUUUUUUUUUGUCUUGUUGGAGCUGUGGAAAACCGAUGCUGAAAGUAAAACCAUGUUUCUCACAAAUCCUUUUGUGACUAACUGGAUUCUUCCUAUAGUUUAUGUUGAUGCCACUUAUCAUUUUUUAUAUAUAAAGAAAUCUUUAAAUGGUGAUUAUGAUGAAAAAUGUCUUUUGAUCAAUUUUUACUUUGAGUUCAUUUUGCUGUUCCUCUAUGAGGACAUUUUAAUAUGUAACAUAAAUGGUUGUUUAACUUCUAAAGAUCAUUAAAUGGUCCAUAACUCUGUG